AUGAAGCUUGUUGAUGCCAAUUUAUUAAAUAAACAGAAUCUGGAUGAUGAAGAAGAGAAUAUGCCCGAUGAAGCAAAUCCAACUAACGGAACUUUAGAUGCAGCUAACAAAACUUCAGAAGCAUCAGACGGAGAAAAUCCGUGGAAGGAACGGGCGCUAGCUGGGGCAGUUACUGGCAAUGCUGCUGCCAAUAAAGCGGCCUGGAAAAUAUUAGAAGAAAAGUUCCCAGACAAGUAUAUUCAUGGCUGUGUCUGCCACUGCCUCCAUUUGUUAGUGAAAGACCUAAUUGGAGAUGAGUCCAGAUCAGCUAAUUAUUCCUUAGAUUUGGAUGGUUUUGCAGCUAAGUGUACAAAUAUCGUUGUCUUUUUCAAAAAUCAUCACAUAUUGAAUCAUAGAUUACGCGAAGCGCAAAACGAAAAACAUAUACCUAGAAUGUCUACUAUAAAUUCUAGUAUUAUAUAUUUGAUGAAAAUUAUGGAGAAAAAGAAUUUCAGAGCAACUAACUUUUCGGCGAGAGAAGAAAAUGUUCUUAUAAAUCUUGUGAUAAAAUAUAAAAAUGCAGUAGAGUGCAAAAAAUCUGAUACAGACAACAACAGAAUUAAAGCAGAGGCAUGGCAGAAAAUCUAUACUGAAUUCAAUAGUAUACUUGGAGAUCCUCAUAGAACUGCCAAAGUUCUAAAAAAUAAGUAUGAGAACAUAAAGAAAAAGGCUAAACAAAAAUUUGCUGAUAAUAAAAAAUAUGUCAUUGGAACUGGAGGAGGGCCAUUCAAAGAUUUAGUGAUAGCUGACACUGAGAGUGACCUCCAUGAAAUCCUAGGCACACAGCUAACAGGAGGUACGUCCAAGUUUGAUGGUGAUGCUACUGCAGAAUCUAUUAUAAUCCAGGUUGAGGGCAAUAAUCUCUCUGAUACAGAGAAUUUUGAGGAUAUAGAGGAAAAUCCUCCAGAAAAAAUUAGGAAAAUUGAUGUUUCUCAUUCGGCAAGUUCUUGCCUUGAUAUUUACUCAACACAAGUGGAUUCAAAUCAGAGUUUUAGUGCUCCAACAGAAACCAAAAAGACUUUAAAAACUAAAAUCCAAGCUGGGCCAAAGCUUACUCCUGAUAUUUCUUCUUAUUUUUGUGCAUCAGUUGAAGAAGUGCCUCAUUCAUCAAAAUCUACAAAUGACUGGGCUACAUAUACACCGGCAAUGUUGAAAAAGCCAUUGUCUGCUCCAUUGCAAAGUCUUGAUAAUAAAGAUGUAACUCCAAAAAAAAAAUCUCAGUGCCAACAGCUCAGUGCCCGGUUAGAAGACUGGGCCAAGAGAAAAUCCAACUACACAGGAGUUCAAGAAAAAGCAUAUGAAGAAAAACAUGAGUUAAUAUUGAAACAUUUACAGGAAAAGCAUCAGCACGAGAUCACGAUUUUGGAUAAAGAAUCCCAGGCAAGAAUGAGAUGCCUCGAAGAAGAACACAAUUUGAAAAUGAAGAUUUUGGAAGAAGAAUAUGCUGCAAAAUAG